AUGAAGCAGGAUGUUAAAUUCUUUGUACAAUAUCCGCCCAGUCAUGCAAUACGAUAUGCUUCUUACAUGAACCCUAAAGUUAAAAAAGAAUUGAAGGACAAGCUUACGGAUAGACAGUUUGAACUCUUUUCCGAGACAAUAUUUGGGAAAUACCUCGACAUGCAGCAUUGUGAAGUUCAACCACAGAUGUUCAGGUGUUUUAUGGUUAGAGAGCUGAAAAAAAGUACCCCUACUGCCUUUGUUAUUGAUGUUAAUGGUUUCGAAUUGACGUUCCAGCUUUUCGAUUUUGCAUUAAUCACUGGGUUGAAGUGUUUCGGGGAAGAAAUUGUCGUUAACUCUAAGAAAAACAGACUGUUGGAUACAUAUUUUGGGGGUUCCGACAAAAGUGUGAAAAAGACUGAAUUGCUUGAAUGCUUUAAGGAUCAGAAUUGGGGCGUUGAUGAUGAUGCAGACGGAGAUGCUGUAAAGAUUGCAUUACUGUAUUUUAUCCAUACAUACAUCCUAUCCGGUGAGAAAAACAAUGUAGUGAUUCCAAGGCUCCAUUUUGACUUGGUAGAGAGUGGGCGGUACGUAGACUAUACAUGGGGAAAGGAAGCGUUUGAUGAUUUGGUCAGAAGUAUUCACCAUAAAAUGGAUAAGACAAAACAGUAUUAUUGCCUUCGUGGUUUUCUGUUUGCUAUGCAAGCAUGGCUAUACGAGUGCUGCUCCAACGUUUCCCCAAAUUUGGCAGUAAAAAAUGGAGAUCGUAUUCCUAGAAUGUUCAACUGGAAAACUAUAGACGGGACUCCACAUUUUAAAGAUCUCAUGACUAGAAUGUUCAAUGAAGAAGACGAGUCAGAGGACCGUCUUACUUAUACGAAUAUUGUGCCGACCAUCAGUGAGAUUGAGGAACUUGGAUUGCGUCCAUAUCUCUCCGGUAAUUCUGCAUCGACAGGUCAACAACAGGUGGCGGAUGACUAUGAUGAUUUUAGUUCGACACCACCACAUGCUUCUACAACCAAGCAGCCUCAAAAUAAAGGUGUAUCACAAUCUCCACCUCACAAAAAGCCUAGACAGAUGCCAAUGGUACCAUCGCCAUUGAAGAAGACCGCAUCUCCAAAUACACGUGUUGGUAGUCAUCCGGGUGGUGGAAGAUUCACCAGACGUCAUGGGUUGGCAUCAACUGGGCAUGCUUCAGCAGUGGAAAAGGAACCAGCUCCAAUACCCAACCCCCCGACUGCUGUUCCUGUUGACGUCCCAUCCACCAGCAAGUCCGAGGAUAUCUCUGGUCUGAGGGAGGAACUCAAUGAGUUUAAGUAUAAAGUUUUCGCCGAAUUCAAGGAUCUUCACAAAGCCAUCAACGAAAACUUUAGCAAGGUUUUUGAAUAUAUGAAAGUGAAUCAAACUACAGAAAAGGGUGCUGACAGUGCGGCCCCGGUUCAGCCAGCCGACGAGUACAUUCAACGGGAAGCUGGAGGAGUUGGCUUGCAACAGUUUGAAGUGCCUGAUAUUGGAAUGGAUCACCGCAACGAAAGUGGGGAAACAUUAAAGGCAUCUACUGAAGAACUUCUGGAAGGUGGUGAUAAUUCUGGAGAACAAAAAGAAUCGACGGAAUACAUAGUUGAGUUUCCCUACGACACCGUAUCUGUCAAAUCGCCAGUCGUAUCAGCAAACUCUGCUGACAUAGCAGAGGUCCUAGCUGAUAUUUCUCGCACAGGCUGGUCUUCGGGUCCCACUCAUGACAAGAGUGCUGUAUUGCAAGAAGAUCGUCAUAUUUUCGAGACGCCGCCCAAAGUUAGUGAGAAUGUGAUUCCCUUAUCUCAGUUUCUUUUGCCUGACGAGCUGUUUCCAAGCCAAACCCCCGAAAGAAGAAUGGUUUUGCAUCCAUCAGUAGCCCGGAACAGACGUCCUAGUAAAUACCAAGUUUCCCCUUUCAUGGAGAAUUAUGAGUCUGCUUCAGGAAAGUAUAUAUAA